CAACUUUAAUACGAGAAUUUGAAUAACUGACAGCAAUACAGACUGUGCGCCACAAGGGGGCGGUAGCUUCAGCUUCCUGAAAGCGGGAGACAGGAAGCUCCGGGCGGAGCUGAUAGACGAGAACACCAUUGAACAACAAAUCGCGUCAACCCGGGUUCAGGUCCGACGUGCUGCGGGUCAGGACAGCACGAAGUGACCAUGCCGUUCCUGCACGGGUUCCGCAGGAUAAUAUACGAGUACCAGCCUCUGGUGGACGAGAUCCUGAGGGUGCUGGGGAUCGAGGGAGGGGCUGAGGCUCAGGGCAGCGCCCCCUGGGUCUCGCUGGAGGAGCUGCUGGAGACGGAGUCCCAGUCCAGCUUCUUCCUGGAGGGGAUCAGCUACUCCCUGUUCAAAGUAGCCGAGACCGGACUGGUGAGCGCCGCGGAGACCCUGCUCCGGCAUGGGGCCGACCUCAACUUCGAAGAUCCCGUCUCCUACUACACCCCCCUGCACGCCGCGGUGCUGCGGAACCAGCCGGCCAUGGUGGAGGCGCUGGCGAGGCACGGGGCCAACGUCAACAAGAGGGAUCGGAUUCACGAGAGCAGCCCGCUGGAUCUGGCGAGUGAGGAGAGGGAGAGGCUGCCCUGCCUGCGCACACUCCUGGACCUGGGGGCUGACGUCAACGCCGCUGACAGGAACGGAAAGACGGCACUGCUUCAUGCCCUGGCCAGCAGCGACGGAGUUACUGUCCACAACACCGACAACAUACAGCUGCUGCUGAGGGGAGGAGCGGAUGUGGAGGCUGUGACCCGCGACGGGGAGACCGCUCUCUCCUCGCUGGUCUUCCUUGUGAAGGAGGCACUGGACUGCAACCGCGAGGACGCGGCCCAGAUCGGGAGCUUCUGCCUGGGGGCGACGCGGCUCCUGCUGGCCCAUGGAGCGGACCCCAGCCGCUGCUCGGACGAGGAGUCCCCGCUCACCUGCGCCUGCCUGGAGCUCUUCGACCUGCACUUCCCGCUGGCCGUGCUGCUACUGCAGUCCGGGGCUGCCUUCCGCUGCUCCCAGCACAGCCCUCCCUGCUGGUGGGGCUACAGUCUCAUCUUCCAGCGCCUCUGCUCUGGGCUCCAGGACCGCAGGGAUGACUGCGCGGCCGCCUCCGAGCUGCUGCAGCAGGCAGAGAGCAUCCUGGAGCUGGCUGCAGCCGCUUCUCCAGCGGUCAGGCUGCCACCGAACUUCGAGGUCUCCACGGUGGGGUGCGGGGCCCAUGCAGGGAAGGUCCUGGAUCUCUACAGGCAUCUCAAGGAGCUUGAGCAGAACCCUGCCCCGCUGAAGCAGCUCUGCAGGGCGCACAUCCGCCAGAGGCUGCUGCCCGGGCCCCUGGAGGGCAAAGUGCAGGCGCUGCCACUCCCGGACAGACUCCGAGGGUACCUGCUGAUUGAGCGUUGUCACGGAAACCAGCCUGGGGCUUGUUUUAAACCCCGAGGAACUCCUCUACGUUGAUUUAAAGAAAGUGUUUGGAGAGCCAUUGAAGUUUGAGGCAUAGCUGCAAAGCACAAGGGAAUGGGGCCGAUGGGACCAAACGAAACUUGUGCAUUUUGCUCGAUUUUUGUUAUUUGUUUCUGUUUAAGUUACAUAACUGUCGGAUGUUGCAAAGCAGCCAACAAACGACGUUCUGGUGUGUUUGCUGUGCCAUUGACCGUUUAUGUAAAUGACAGUAUAUAAUGGAUUCUGCCAUGGAGACGACAGCACACAGCGGUGAGAGUCAAUAUGGAGCUUUUAUUAACAGCUGCCCUCAAUAAAGACAAGGUCAUGUUUAAUUAAGAGCAUACUGUAGUCAACCUGUUGUGCAUUGGCAGUGUUCUUAACAGUACCUAAGCCUUAACCUUUUUGUGGGCAAGAUAGCGACUUUUUUGUUACAAACUGCAUAGAAACUUCUAAGAAUGAUUUCAUGGGUUCGCCGAUUCCUUUCUCAUGCUCUCGUGAACGCUGCCAAGACUGAUUCGCUGAAGGGUGGUACGAGAGGGGGAAUAGACUUUCUUAAGAGCAGUUGCAGAUGUCGUGCUUGUAAGAAAACACUUCACACAGAGAGCCAGGCACAGAACGGUCUGCCUAAACUCCUGCAAUCACUGAUAUUCUUCACAAAGGAGAAACACACACAAGCGCCUCAGUUGUUUCUGUAAUUAUUUAAUGGACAUUCAGAAAAAAAAAAAGCAACUUUGGCAUCUUACAUAUCUUACAAAACCUGAUUUUUUUUUUUUUUUUUUUAAAUACUUAUUCAUUGAUAAGUUACAUACGGUAUCUGUAAAAUGAUUUCAGGUGUGUGUUCCUGACCGUUUCAACCUGUUCACUGAAGCCAUGAUCUCUUACCAUUCUGAGCAUGCUCCCUGGGGCUAUCCAA